UCCUGAACCGUAGGUCCAGUUUCCAGACACGUGGUCCGAGCCAGCUGGAACUCUUUCCGUCUGAUGCAAGAGUGCGGGGUGUCCGCGGCGGCAGCAGCGCCCCCCGCCGGCGGGCCGCGGUACUGCAGGGCGGGCCGUCCCCGGGGCUGCAAGGGUUUUUCCAGGGCGGGGCUGAGCGCGUCACCGGGGCUGCUGCUUUAAAACGGCCCGGCUGACUGGAGCUCACACAGAAAGUGAAGCCGACAGAGAAAGAUCCAGAAAGAUCCAGAAAGAUCCAGAAAGAUCCAGAAAACUCCCCGCAGAGCCGCCACGAGCAUCAGAACCGGAGCGGACCGGACCAGCAGAGCACCAGGAACACCAGACCAGAACCACCAGAACCAUCAGAACCACCAGAACCAUCAGAGCCAGCAGAGAAGAGCCUCCCAGAGCUCCCGGGUAACUCCCAUCAGAACUCCAGGCUCCGCCCCCACCAUGCUGCACCUGAAGAAGUUCCUGGCCGAGGGCCUGGUCCAGACGGCCGUCCUGCUGAGCCUGUGUGGGGUGAUGGUGGACGUGGGGCUGGACUCCUACCUGCCUCCGUCCUGGCACCACAUGAUCCUGGGCCCCACCUCGGCGCUGACCCAGGCCCGGUUCCACCAGCGCGGGGGCCGGCUGGACGAGCAUCCCAAGAGCGUGGACGUGGAGCGGUUCUUCACGGCCCGUCGGCUGCUGGGAUGGGUCCGCUCUCUGGACAGACUAGAGGUUCCUCAUGCGGAGCUGCAGACGUGGCUGGUCCAGCAGCAACCGGACCCACUGGUGGUGGGCCGGCCCGGCCCGGGGGAGAGGGGGCGACCCGCCCCAGCGCUGGAGGAGGAUGGAGAGACCAGACACACUGGCAGAAAUGAGGACUUGCAGCGUCAGACCUCAAACCCCGAGCUCCCUCUGCUCCCUGGUCCCCCCUCCAUGGACCUGGACCUGGACCUGGACCUGGACCUGGACCUCCACUGGCAGGACCUGAUGGCCCUCCUGGAGCCUGAGAACACAGAGGUGGAUAUGAUGACAUCCCUGAACCAAAACCUGGACCCAAGACCCGGAGGAGAUGUCCCGGGUGUGGGGUCUGAAGCUGGGCUCCAGCGCCCCGGCAGCCUGGACGAUGUUGAGACGCGGACUGGUCUCCAGAACCCUCUGGCAGAGAUGCAGCACGAUGUGCUGGAGCCGGCCCUGCUCCCCCUCACGCCCAGUGCACAGCUGGACGACCACGGUCCAGUCCAGUCCUCAGCCACAGCUCUGGGAGACUGUAACCCAGGUUCCUCCCUCACUCCUCCCUCCUCCACAGAGGAUCCUGCAGAAGAUUUCUUCAUGGGCGUAGAUAUGGACGAUGACUGGACCGCCUUCCACAUGAAUCUGCUGACUCCAGAUGUUUCAGACCCAAGGGAACCCCAAAGCCUUCCUGGUGUUGAACCAACAGCUUACAGUUUCACACCAACACCAGACCUCCUGGUGUCUCCGUCCAGCCCCUCCCUGCAGGACCGGGAGGUGGACGACCUCCUGGUGUCUCCGUCCAGCCCCUCCCUGCAGGACCGGGAGGUGGACGACCUCCUGGUGUCGCCGUCCAGUCCCCCCCUGCAGGACCAGGAGAUGGAUGACCUGGUGUCUCCGUCCAGUCCGUCCCUGCUGGACCAGGAUGUCGAUGACCUCCCUCAGCUACUUGGCCUCCUGGAGGAUGCUGCCAUCCUGGAGGACUUUAGAUUGUUGGACCUGGACCUGGAGGAAGGAUUCAGCCCUGAGAUGGUGGCCAGGCUGGAAGAGGAGGGCUACCUCGCUUCUCCGGACAAGGACAAGGACGGGGACUCGCUCAAAGGUCAAGAAGCUGGACAAGAAGAUGCGGAGGAUGAGGUGGACUCGGACUCUGGCCUGUCCCUGGCCUACAGCCGCAGCCUUUCUCAGGGUUCAUCUAACUACUCAUCGUCCUCCGACUCAUCGGCCUCCUCACCCGCGAGUGUGGGAAGCGUCUUCUCCAAUGCUGAAGACGAUGACGAAGACUUUACAGUGACCAUAAAGCAAGAAGAGCUGGAGGAAGAGGAGAUGGGAGCCGUUGGAGGGAGACCUGGAGAUGUCAGCCUCUUCUCUUCCAGCCCCGCCGACCACAAACCACUUCCCGGCUCGGCCUGGCAGGGGCACAUCGGCCACGACCACACGUACAACCAGCCCCGGCCCCGGCGGGCCAAGCCCGUCCUGGGGCACGACCACAGCAAGCCCUACCAGCGCUCCUCGGCUAAGCGCUGGAGCCAGGACGAGCGGCGGGCGCCGGGACUGCACAUGCCCUUCUCCAGCGAGCUGGUGGUGCACCUGCCCGUGGAGCAGUUCAACGAGCUGCUGAGCAACCACCCGCUGAGCGGCGAGCAGCUGGCCCACGUCAGGGACGUACGGCGCCGCGGCAAGAACAAGAUCGCCGCCCAGAACUGCAGGAAGAGGAAGCAGGACAUGGUGGUGGGGCUGGAGGAGGACGUGGCGGGUCUGAGGAGCCGCCGGGCCAAGCUGCUCCGGGACAAGCGCGAGGCUCUCAAGGACUUGCAGGACAUGAAGCGCCGCUUCGGCACGCUGUACCAGGAAACCUUCUCCAAGCUGAGGGACGAGGAAGGCAGGCCUCUGAACGCCACCGAGUACGUGCUCCAGUUUGGAGCCGACGAAGACGCCCCCAAGGCUUCGGCGCGAGCCCAUAAAAGCAGCAGGAAGCAGAAGAAGUGAGGAGGCGGGAAACCCCAAGGCUCCUGAUGAGGAGCCCUUGAGAUCAGAAGGUUUAAGGCUCUGACACCCCAAACUGCUGGCAGGAAGCGCCUCUUACGCUGCCUCAUGUUGGCCACAGACAAACACGCCGGCGGCCAGCCGGGAGGUCAGAACUCUGCCCAGAACGGAGCCGAGCCUCCCACCCUACAGUCUGGAGGAUCGAUGGCCAGGUUACUCCCGACGGACCGGAUCUGAGGCCACACGGAACCUCUAACGCCUGCUGCAACCAAACUGUUUACAGGACGCCAUGUUUGCUUCUUCUCUUCAUUUACUGGGGACGGUUUGGUUUGGUUUGGUUUGUCCUGGAACUGUAGCUGUCAUUGCCCCUUACACGGGACUGUAGAGCUGAUGUUACUAAACAGCAAGGACACACUGAUGCACCAGCAGGUGGACAUUCAAGCCCUCCGUUGGUGGGAAAGCAGCUGUUCCCAGAUGUUGGGGGGUGGACAGCAGGCGGGGGUCCAGGACGUUCUCUUGAGUUUUGUUGUCAUGUGUUACUGAACCAUAAACAACUGAAGGAUGUGAAGUGUGACGAGUUGAUUUGUCAAAGUAGUUCCUGAUAGAAAUGUUGACGGGGUCUAACCAGCGGGGGAAAUAAAAGGUUCACACGCGUUGUUUCCGACAGACGACUGCCGGCUUGGGGUGCCAGGUCCACAGAAGCUUCUUUACUGGCAGCUUUAUGGAAACCUGUGAGGAUAAUGAGGCAGAGGUUGGUGGGAGGAGGCGGAGGAGGCGGCCAGAGGCCGGGCCUCUCUCUCCUGAGGCUGCUGCCCCGGCCGUCCGGACCCAGACACCUCAGUAGAUGGACGGAAAAGGUUGUUUCUGGCUCCACCUGCCUGACCAGGUAACUCACUUGGUUGAGCAGGUCCAGCCGACCCAGCAUGUGGUCCUGCAC